GUAACGUCAGAUUGUAAUUCUUAGAUCUGUAGAAGUGGCUAUUUCUGUAACGUCAGAUUGUAAUUCUUAGAUCUGUAGAAGUGGCUAUUUCUGUAACGUUAGAUUUAUGAUUUGUCGUCGUCCUGAUUGUCUCAAACUAAACUGAAUAAAAAAUGCCGCGAAGAUUGAUCAUGGUUGUAAAAAUUCAUGUCCUGCCUUCAGGGCCGAGUUGGGGCUAAGAUGUUCAUUUAUGAAGAUGCAUUAUGUUUAAAAGACGUCCUUAAUUCUGAAGUUAACAGUCCAACUAUUUGUAUGAUACAAUUGGGCAUAUAAUGAACCCUGUUUGCUCUACCAAACUUCUGAAACCCAUGGAACGUGGAUUGAGGCCCAGGUUCCAAUUUUUCUUUAUUCCUGUACAUCAAGUACACACACUACUAGUAUAUGCAUCUUUAUGAGCAGUGGAAUGGAGAACAACAAAAGUGAUGAAGCGAGCGAUGAUAAAGACGAUGAUGCAAAGGACAGGAGGAAACAAUCUGAAUUUGAAGACAAGGCCGUAACUAGACUUUUAAGGAGGAUGGGUGAAAAAAGUUUAAUUCCUUUGUUUUCCCAACAAUGCAUCACUAUGGAGAUCUUAAUGGAUCUAAGUCAUGCAGAUCUUCGUGAAGUAGGGGUCGACACAUUUGGUCAAAGACAUAAGAUAUUGACGGAUGUAGCACGACUGAAGCGAGAGAGAGGACAGAGAAACACAAAUUGUCGAUGUAGACUACAUCCCUUCAAUACCACGUGUCCCGGGCGAAAACGGAAGCUGGAAAACCAAAGUUUGUUCACAAAGAAAAUGAGACUAGGAGUCAGAAAUGUUCACACAGAAGUACCUGUCGUAGUUUCCACUGCCUCCAGUAUACAGCCUCACACGUCUGUCACACACAGCAGUCCUUCUGUUUGUCAGACGACACUACGUCAGUCCUCUCAGACACAUACCUCCUUGUCUUCACUGAAUGUUGGAUCAGCAGCAAGAAAUACAGCAAUCCCAGCGUUAACUUUAUCAGGUACAGCAACGACUGUAACACCAAUUGGUUGCUCAGUGCAAACAGCAAUGCCAAUAAUACAGAAUCCCUCCGUAACAGCACCGACAACAACAUUUAGUUCAUCAACAACACCCUCUCUGGUCAUAACUUCUAGAGUCAAUCUUUUGACAAACACAACAACACCUAGUCAUGCAAUAACGACAUGCAGCUCAUCUUGUGUUUCAGCAUCGUCAAUUUCUCUGACAGGAAGCAAUGUUUUACCAGUUCCUGCCAUCUGCGUACAUUGUACACAAAACACAAUUACAGGUGAAGAGAACAAUUUCCUACGAUACUUUCUUCUGGCUCAGCUUGGUACCCAGGCCUUGCGGAUUCUGUUCGACUCAAUUGUCAAACCUAUGUCUCUGACAAAUCACCUACAGAAUUUCAAACCAAAAUUAAAACACUGUACAGCGCAACAGAAGGACAUCCUAUAUCCGGUUGCCGGAGGACCUGUGACCUCAGCAGACUUUGAUACAUCUCUUCUGUACACCCUGCUGCGCAACACAGUGAAAAUCACACCUCCAACAAGUGGAUGGAAUAAUGAACCAAGUCCUUCUGAAAUCUCACAAGGGGACGAUGUGGAGAGAAUAAGAUUCGCUAGGAAUUCUUUAUGUCAUGGUAAAACGUUCAUGGAUCAAUCAACAUUCAAUUCAAAAUGGACAUGUCUUUCUCAGGCGAUUGUCCGACUGAGUAGCGGUUCCCUUAAUGGUGAUGUCGCCUCCUUAGCAACAAGGAAGUUUGAUAAAUCUGAGAAACAGGUCAUAUUGGAUGACUUCCUGCUUCUAAAAAAAAGGCUGCUACAAUUAGAGAGAAGACAUAUUCCUUUUAAUGUCCGAGAACAACAUGAAGAGAUAUUGAAUAAAUGGGAAAAGGAAUAUGAAGUGCUAUGCAAAACGAGAGCUUAUUACAGAGUGAAAUCAGCAAUCGAGUCCAAAUCCAAAAAUAACGUGACAAUAAUAAGCGGCACAGGAAUGGGGAAAACAUUCAUUGCUAAGCAGAUAUGUCUUCAUUUACAAAAUGAAGGUUGGGAAAUCAUCCCCGUUCAACACGUAGACGAGAUGACUAGCUAUCGCCUUGUCAGUAUCAAGUAGGUGUUUCUUCUAGACGAUCCUGUGGGAGUAUUUGGAUUCGAUCGAUCAGCAUCAAAUGCUAUAAAAAGAAUAUUUGACGCUUUCUCUCCUUCAGAUACAACCAAAUUUAUUUUUACCUGCAGAAAAGCUGUUUACAAUGAAUGCAAAGAUAUGGAACACAGUUUCCUUAGAAAUAUUAUCGAUAUUGGAAGUUUAGAUCUUAUGCUGAGUGAAAAAGAAAUGAAGGACAUGCUAGCUUCUCAUUGCAAACGUGCAGGAGUGAAGGAGAAAAGGUAUGCAAACGUUUCGCUAAAUCCUGGUAUGAAAAUGUUCCCACUUUUGUGCCGUUUAUUUGCAAACGAUGGAGAAAAUCAGAAAUAUGGAAGAACUUUUUUUAAAAAGGCAAAUAAAAGCAUCAUUGACCAAUUCAAGAAAAUGAGAAAUCAAAAGGAGUCACAAUAUGCAGCACUUGUUUUGUGUAUGUUAAGAGAAAAUGAUUUAACAAACACAGCUAUUGCUGAAUUUAUUUGUCUAAUCAGUGCCAAUUUUGAUGUUGAUGCAGUUUGUAUUCAGAAGUCUCUUGAGCAAUUGACAGGAACAUUUGUUGUGAAGAAUAA